GUGUCCGCCGCGCAGUGGCUCGACGGCACGGUCCAGGAGGCGUUGCCACACGGCCUCGUGGUCGGCGUGCUGCCGCAGCCGGGCGCGGCGCUGACGGCCGAGAGGCGGGGGCUGGUGUACGCCACCGAGCUGGACUGCCCCUCAGAGGACCCUGCCGCGGACUUCGCCAUCGGGCAGACGGUGCGCGUCCGCCUGCUGGACGUGGAGCCGGAGCCAGGAACGGGGCUCCUGGCGCUCUCCAUGAAGAGUGCCGCCGCGGAGGUCGCGGCGGACGCUGAGGCCCAGGCGGCCGUGGCGGCCCUGCGCGCCCAGGCGCCCGAGCUGGGAGACACGCCUGCGGAGGAGCCCCAGGCCGAGGUCGACGAGGAGCGCGCGGCGGCGCUGGCGGCGCUGCGGGAGACGCGCGCCCGCCUGAAGGCCUUCCUGGACGUGCCCCCCCUGCAGUGGCUGCCUGCGGUGGUGGAGCAG